CACUCACUCUUUACGUUCCAAUUUCUGAACUACGUGGCUUCACUAGCUACCACAUUUCGUUUGUAACAUUUUGUCUAAACUGAAACCCAGAAAAAAAAAAUAGGUUUCAAAAUGGCUGAGGAAACACCAAGAUUUGCUAUAGUUACUGGAGGGAACAGAGGAAUUGGAUUUGAGAUAUGCAGACAAUUAGCUAACCAAGGGAUUAGGGUUGUUCUGACAUCUAGAGAUGAUAGAUUAGGACUCGAAGCUGUUGAGACAUUGAAGACAGAGUUUGGUAUUUCUGAUCAAAGCAUUGUCUUUCAUCAGCUUGAUGUCUCUGAUCCUGCUAGUGUCACUUCUCUUGUUGAGUUUGUGAAAACCCAAUUCGGAAAACUCGAUAUCUUGAUUAAUAAUGCAGGGGUUGGUGGUGUAAUCACUGAUGUUGAUGCUUUAAGAGCUGGGACAGGGAAAGAAGGUUUCAAGUGGGAGGAAACUAUCACAGAGACGUAUGAGCUAGCUGAAGAAUGUAUCAAGAUUAACUAUUAUGGAUCAAAGAGAAUGUGUGGAGCGUUUAUUCCUCUUUUGCGGUUAUCUGAUUCUCCAAGAAUCGUUAAUGUAUCAUCCUUCAUGGGUCAAGUUAAGAAUUUACUAAACGAAUGGGCGAAAGGGAUCUUGAGCGACGCAGAGAAUCUCACGGAGGAAAGAAUUGAUGAAGUGAUCAACAAACUUCUCAGUGAUUUGAAAGAUGAUACUGUAAAGGCAAAAGAUUGGGCUUAUGUUAUGUCUGCUUACGUGGUUUCGAAAGCCGGUUUGAAUGGUUACACAAGGAUCCUGGCGAAGAAACAUCCCGAGUUUCGUGUAACCUCGGUUUGUCCUGGAUUUGUUAAGACGGAUAUUAAUUUCAAGACUGGAGUUUUGUCUGUUGAAGAAGGAGCAUCAAGUCCUGUGAUGUUGGCUUUGCUUCCACAUAAAGAAUCUCCUUCUGGUUGUUUCUUUGAUCGCCAUCAAGUUUCAGAGUUCUAAAUCUUUGUAGGAACAAGGUGAAGAGGAUGCUUCCUAUGGCUAGUGAGACCAGCUAUUUCUUCAGCACUCACUUCCUCUGUCACUUUCCAAUCAAAAU